AUGACUAGUUUGGAUACUAGUCUCGCCCAGUCCGGACACCAGUCUGCGCCUGCAGCACCUGAACCUCCCGUGGCUGAGCCUGAUUCGAAGCCGGAGGAGUCACAGGCAGGGUAUGAUCCUAUGGAGGUGGAUCUCGAGGUAAUACCAGAGGAGGAACCGGAAGAAGAAGACCCUGAGGAAGAACCUAAAGAGGCGCCGGAAGAAGAACCCGAAGAUGAGCCCGAAGAAGACCCAGAGAUGGAACCAGAGGUCACAUCCGAGGACGAGCCAGAGGAUGAGCUAGAGAACGAGCCGGAAGAGGAGUCUGAUGAGGAGGAGCGGGUCGAGAUUCUAGUGGAGUCGGAUGAUAUAAGCAACCCAAUCGAGAUCGAGGCAGAUUCUGAGUCCUCAGAUGAUCAGGAUGUUGUCUAG